GUACCUUUUGCAACGCAAGAGUAUGAAGUUUUUCGGUAUAGUGCAAUUCUAUCAGCAAAACAAGUUUCUAAUGAUGCAUAUGUAUCCCUUAUGGAACGAUUACCAACUUUAGAGCAAAUAGAAAAUUCAUACCAUGUGGAAAAUAACUUGAUUAUAGACCAUCAAAAAGUCGCUAAUGAAAUUAAACCUUUAGUUGAUUAUAUUGAUUUCAGGCGGAUCAAAGGUCAGGUAUUAGUUGAUUUUAUUGAACCACUAGGAAUUAUUCCAGAAAAAAUAAUUUUAAGUGUUUAUCGAGAAAUGGCAAAGUUAAAUAAUUCAUACUUUAAUGAUACUCGAGGAAUACCAUUAUUGAUGCACGUUUGGGAUGAGUCUGCAUGUGGAUCAAAACUUAUUAUUGAAGAUGGCGGAAAAAUUGUACGAGCACCAAAUGAAUAUGGUCACCAAAAUGUUAGAGCUAAAAUAGAAUUAGAAAAUGAUGGCAUUUUUGAAUGGGAUGUUAUUAUUGAAAAAGUUUGUACAUAUGCUUGGGUUGGAGUUUGUGCAUCAGAAAAUUUAAAUUACGAGACCUUUGCAGGAUGGCAACCUACAGGAUGGGUAUUAGGUUCUAAUGGUAAUUGUUGUAAUACCAAUGUAGAGGAGUUUAAUUAUUGUCCAUCAUUUCAUAAUAUGGAUGGCACAAUAGUUACGGUUCAUUUAGAUAUGAAUAAAAGAACUUGUGCUUUUACAGUCAAUGGUACGAAGUAUCGUGAGGUAUCAGAAUGGAAAUUACCAUUAAAACUUUAUCCAGUAGUAUCAUUA